AAUCUAUAUAAAAUUAUAUGUAUAGGAACUAAGUAAGAACCUGAACUUUGCUACUUUCUUGUUUUAAAUUUCAUUUUUUUUAACCACAAAGCAGGCCAAGUUCAAUACACAAGAUUAAAACACUAGGAAUCUCAUCCAAAAUCAGGAUAGAAACCUUUUUGUCUUUUAGGUCCCAAGGUGUCCAUGUGCUGUUCCCAUAUCCUACACAAACCUUAGCUCACUUGUUUCGGCUUCACCAGACCACUAGGUUUUAAUAAUCUCACCGUCCAAACAUUUACUACCAAUAACUAAACAAGAGAUUGAAAAUUCAAGGAGACAGUAAAGCAUCUCCUUCACUUUAUAAAGCUCAUGCAUGAGUUCAAACUUCAAGUACACCUCAUUUGCCAACUCCACACCAUCAAUAUUCCCCCUGCAUCCAGAGACAACUAUAGCCAACAUGGUUUCUCUAGAAAUUGUUCAGGCAACCUCUAAUCCUAUUGAGCCGACUGCAAGUCCCCGGAUUUCUUUCUCCGCUGACUUCCUCGAUGAUAAAAACUUCAUCUCCAUAAGCCCAGACUCUAGGACCAAAAAAGAUCGUGAAACAGAGCGAGAGAGAACUCGUAAUGCAGAUUUCGAGUUUCUCUCCAGCAGUUUGACUAGCCAAACCAUGAUAACUGCUGAUGAGCUAUUUUUUGAAGGAAAGCUACUUCCUUUCUGGGAGAUACAACAUUCCGAGAAACUCAACAAUAUCAAUCUUAAAACAGAACAUGCUGAGAAUGGAGUGGAGGAGGAAGAGGUGAAAGAGGGGAGCAAAGUGAGUUGGUUUAUGGACGAGGAUCCAUCUCCUAGGCCGCCUAAAUGCACUGUUCUAUGGAAAGAGUUACUAAGGUUGAAGAAACAACGCGCUUCUUCUUUGUCACCAUCAUCUUCUUCCUCUUCCUCGUCGUCUUCCUCGAGGAGCUCACUUGCCAAUUUGGCUCCCAUAGACGAAGGCAAGGAAGGAUCAGGGAGCAUAGAGAAGCAUCUCAAGAGGAUAAAAAAAGGGUUGGAGAGGACAAGAUCAGCCGGGAUAAGAAUAAGGCCUGUUGUUAAUGUGCCCAUUUGCACACAAGCGAAGAGCAGUGCUCCGCCACCUCUGUUUUCCCUCAGGAAAGGAAGAGUGGAGAGGUGAACGGAAGUCAUAACCGUUUGUUGUUUUGGUAUGUAGGAUUCAUCAAGUUUGUCCAUCUUCUUGUUUUUCUUUUAAAUUUUCUUUCUUAGAUUUUAUGUCCAGAUGAAUAUUGCUUGUAAUGGAUCUAAUGAAUUACAAUGUAAAUGUUCUUUUAUAUUUUUUGGAUGCUAUUAACAACCCUUUCAUCUAGUUCUACUUGUAUCAUCUGCAGUGAUUUUUUUCUAGCUUUUCUCAAGAGGAAUUAGGAAGCAGUGA